UCGAAGAAGAAGAACAAGAUGGCGGAACGAGGCUACAGUUUCUCCCUCACCACAUUUAGCCCCUCAGGUAAACUGGUCCAGAUUGAAUAUGCCCUGGCAGCUGUAGCGGCUGGAGCUCCUUCAGUCGGCAUCAAAGCUUCAAAUGGCGUUGUCCUGGCGACAGAGAAGAAACAGAAGUCCAUUCUGUAUGAUGAGCAGAGCGUUCACAAAGUGGAGCCCAUCACUAAACACAUAGGCAUGGUGUACAGCGGCAUGGGGCCGGACUACAGGGUUCUGGUCCGACGAGCCAGGAAGUUGGCUCAGCAGUACUUUCUGGUUUACCAGGAGCCGAUCCCCACAGGCCAGCUCGUCCAGAGAGUGGCCUCUGUAAUGCAGGAGUACACACAGUCCGGUGGAGUGCGUCCAUUCGGGGUGUCAUUGCUGAUAGCUGGAUGGGAUGAAGACCACCCCUACUUGUUCCAGUCAGACCCUUCUGGUGCAUAUUUUGCGUGGAAAGCAACAGCCAUGGGAAAGAACUACGUAAAUGGAAAAACAUUCCUUGAAAAAAGGUAUAACAACGAUCUAGAAUUGGAGGAUGCCAUCCACACAGCCAUCUUGACACUGAAGGAGAGUUUCGAGGGUCAGAUGACAGAGGAGAACAUUGAGGUGGGGAUCUGCAAUGAGGCUGGCUUCAAAAGACUCACCCCGGCCGAGGUGAAAGACUAUCUGGCAGCCAUUGCGUGAACACACCCUGCGUGGUGAUGUGGGGAGGGCUCUUUGGCCACUUUUCAGAACGGAAACGUGACAGUGCAGUAGCCAACAGUUACAUGACACAUCUUUUUAUAUACCACAAAAUCAUUCCAUGACCAUAUUGUGUUAUGGCUGCAGAGUUUCUGCCCUGAGAACAUGAGAGUACACCCAUAACUUCACUUAGAACCACAAUUAUUCAUGUGAGCUAACAUGCUUAGACAUGUGUGCAUAUUCACUGAAGGCCUUUGUGUGUGUGCAACUAAUGUGGCUGCCACUCACAAAUGCAUUCACUUGACUCCCAUCAGGAAGUAGCAACUAAUUGGCUUUGUUGUUAAAAACAUGUCUGUACUGUGAAAUGUGGCAGUUGGCUACUGUGCAUAUGAAAAGUAAAUGUGGGCUCUGAUGAGUGAAAUCUCAAUUCUUUUGUUGAAUCCUUCAGUUUUCUUAUUUCUCAUUGCUGUUCCAGUGGCAAUGCAGUUCUUCAAAUCGAGCACCAGUGCUUUGUGCAUUAAACUUGGAUCACUUGUAGCUAUUGCUAAGUGUGACGAAUGGCCUGUGGUUACACAAAGAAGCCAAAAUAAAUAACUGUAGUUACAGGCCAGACAUCCUUGUGUGGGUGUUCAUCCCCAAACUUGUUUCCCCUCAAAGCUCCUGACUGCACGUCACCGGCACUCCGCAAACACACUAGAAAGGAGUAUAAAGAAAAAGAGGGCAGAAAAAAGAGGAUCCAAUAGAAAGCUUGAGAUUUUACUCAUAGAAUCUGGUUGCUUGUACAGCAGUUUUUCAAAAUGUACUUUUUUUUUCAGACUAGAAACAAUUCUAGAGUUUGUACUUUCUCUUCUGGUAUCUGUCAGUUAUUCAAAUAAAAAAAGAUGCUGAGUU